UUGGUAGCCGUGGAGAUGGAGAGCGAAGAACGAGCUCCCUGACGGCAUUUAACGUAGGAGGGUCGGUGUGAGUGUAAUGUAAAAGUGGUCAGGUUAUUGCUUUUUAGAAUUGAGAGGUUAACAGCCAAACAGGCCGAAGAUGGCUGGAAGAUGCUAUGGCUGCGCGUCCAAGUUUACUCUCCUGAGAAAAGAGCUUGGGUGCAAGAACUGUGGCCAUGCGUAUUGUUCAUCAUGUCUCACCUACAGCACCUUGGUCCCUCGCUGUGGGAGUACACAGCAAAAAGUCUGCAGGCAGUGCUAUGGAAUCCUCACAAGGUCUGGGAAACAGGACAAUGCUGCAAAGUGGUCUCCACCAGAGAACUACAAGAAGCGAGUGGCUGCUUUUGAGGCUAAACAGAAGGAACAAACUGCAGACAACAAAGCAGGUAGUCAGGCACCAAGUAUGAAGUUUCUGGGACUGUCAAAAGAGGACCGAGCCAUUGCUGAACGACUGGAGAAGUUGAAGGAAGGAACCAAAUUGAAAUCUGUAGCUUCUCAACAAGAGAUUGAAUUGCGACUGGCUGCAUUAAAGAAGGACCCUCUGCAGCCUAUACCCUCCACAGCAGAGAUCGAGGGCAAGCUAGCCCAGUUAAAGGGUCAGCCACCACCUCCAAAAGCCCCCAGACCUAGUUAUCAGACUCCUGAUACUAGGACUCAAAUGGAACAAGCCAAUGACCUCUUCAAACAAAUAUCAGAAGAAGCAGCCAUAGACCAAAAAUACAGCCCUGGUCUUAAAGUCUUUGUGUUGGAUAUAGAUAGUGCAAUGAAUGACUUGAAUAAAGGAAUCGAUCCACGUAAUUUCAACGUUGCCAACGAUAACAGCAAACUUUUUGAUGAGAAGAGUAAUCUGCUGGACCAGGCGACAGCAGAGCUGAAGCAGGACAAUUUGCACAGGGAACAAGUCUCGAAGAUAUCCAGGAGAUUGGCCACGUUGAAAGGAGACGACCCAAGUGCUGUGGAUGACUGGCCAUAUGCUGAGCUGGACAGUGAUGAAGAAAAUGAAGAGUUGCUUACCCAGAAAAUUCUGAAACAGAUUAAUGAAGAAAUUGCCCUGGAUGAAGCAAGUGGUUACAACAUCCCUUUAGAGCGACCUAAGCCAGCUCAGCCCAUGCUUGCUGGGAAGAAGUUGCAGUCACCGCCCACAGUGCCAAUUGCUGAAGGAACAGACAGUGAUGAGGAAUUGCCUUGGUGCUGUAUCUGCAAUAGUGAUGCUGUGGUCCGUUGUCGUGACUGCGAUGGAGAUCUCUACUGCCAGAGAUGCUUCAGGGAAGGCCAUGAUAAAUUUGAAAGAAAAGAACAUAGAACAUUCAAGUACCAUCCACCAAACAAGAAGAAAUAACAUCCACGUCAGCAUCCUUGUGGAGUCUCCCACAGUCGGACACUAAAGAAGUUUAAAAUACAGCAUUUUCGCACCUUCUAACUCAGUUAAGACUGACCCAAGAGGAAAGUGUGACAGGGAGAGCAACUUAAGAAAUUUCAAGACACAUGGCUGUGCUAGCAGCCAGCUCCUGACUGAGAAGCAUCUAGAUUUGUCAUUUUUUUGUGUUACGUUCCUGGGUGUCUGCUGCGCCAUUACAACUUUUUGUCGAUCUUUUGUGCAUUGCUUAGGUGGCCAUAGGAUCCUUGUCCAAGGAUCUCUUUUCAUUUGGAAAUUCUGUGCAUUAACAGGCUAAUGAUGCUUAGCUUACAUUCUGAAUCCAAUUUUGAAUAGGUUAAUUAGAAACAAAAGGGAUGCAGCCAGAGGGUUUUGUUGGAGUUCAUUGAAAUCAAUGUUGGGUAACAGAAUGAAAUUGUGUUAUAACUUGAGAUAUUUAUAUAUGUACACAACUGAAAAUAAUAAUUUAAUGUUUGCCCUCCCUAAGCAAUCAUUAGCAAUAAGCUGACAUUUUGUUAGUGGAAAUAGAUUACAACUUUGUGGGUUUUGAAAGCUGCAAUGUUUUUAAUCCUCAAUCGUCGCCAUACUGUGGGCCUAUGAAUACCAAGUUUGUAACCAACUAUCGGGAGAAAUGUAAGAAUGAGUCUAGUACAAUAUGAACCUGUCCCUGAGUUUUCAUUCCCAUUUUCCUCAUGUGAACAUGUUUGGCACCUACUUGAUGCCUUUGCACAGUGCCAGCUGUGAUAAUGUAAUGAGCUCCAGUAAAGUGGCCAAUCAGCCUUGGUCAACACUACUAAAACUAGCUGCUUGUCACCUUUCCUGAACUCCUCUCCUAAAUACUGAAAGAUCUGGAGCUGCUAGGGAGACCAAUCUACUGAUUUCAAAUCACAUAACAUAUUUGUGUAUUUAAAUACUGACAAGCAAAGAAGUUCACAAUUAAAUAUCAUUUUAAAAGAAAUAGCUGUGGUUGCUAUUUUCAGACUUCUAUAAUGCAAGUGGCAUGUGUGUAUAUAUAUAUAUA